GCUGCUUAUCCUGUUUCCCCCACUCCCUCGUCACCCCUCAGCCUAUUCCCCUCAUUUCUACAACCCCAAACCCUAGACGCCGCCGCCAAAGAAAACUGCCUUCGCCAAUCUCCGCCGCCGCCCACGAGCUCUGCCGCCAUCAGUCACCGCAUCCACAUCUCCGCCGCGGGUUUUGGGUCCUCGUCCUGGACGAUGGUGACAGCCACGAGCUGACGCCCACCAACGAUGUCCACUAGGUGACGACCACCACUGACAACCACCUCGUGUACAUCCGCAAUGGUGGCAACCAGGAGUGGAGGUAGUAAGAGAGUGGCACAACAAGAACAAGAAGAACCUCCAAAAUUUGAUUAUGAGAGGAGGCGGGAUGAACACGUGGCAAAGAAUGAUGCAAUGUUGGCAGCGCUUGGACUGAAAACAAUAGCUGCUGAAAUUAGUAACUCUUUACCACAAUCUGCAAAUGACAAGGGGAAAAAAUCAGCAAACAAGAAAACAAGUAGUGAGGGUUCGGAUACAUCGGAGUAUCUCCUUGAAAAUGAUGAUCAAGGAGAUAGUGAUGAUGAUGAAACUGAAUCUGUUGUGCGGCCACAACCCACUAAGUCCCCUCCAGGGUAUAGUCGGAAAAUCAUCACUCGGAGGAUUAAAAAGGCUUCAGGUCCCAACAUGCCGCCAGGAGGUAGGUCUGGUAAGAGAGUGAGGGCACCGGAAGGUUCACAGCUGGAACCUCCUAGUGCCCAGUUAAGAUCAUCAAAAAGGCUUCAACUGUCAGCGAUAGAUGGUCAGCCUGCAGAGGAAGGCAAUGGAUCAGCUGGUGCAGUGCAAGGCAAUGGAGCUGGUGCCCAACAAGGCAAUGGAGCUGGUGGUGAUGACAUUGCAGCCGCAGAGAAUGACAAUGGAGCUGCUGAUCAAGACAUGGCAACUGUACAUGAAGAUAAUGUAGCUGCAGAGGAUGACACUCAAGCUCCUGCACAGCGACGCCCAAGGGAUCCCAGGCCACCCACCAAGGGAGCAUACUUGGACAAGAUGACAAAAGCUAUGGGACAUAGACUGCCCAUAGCUGUUGCUCCAGGCAAAAGAAGGCCUCAUGAACCUGUUCAAGCAGCCAAGUUUGCAUCUGAGUCUGGUGUCCUCAUUCGGGACAACGUUCCUAUCCUACCUCAUUGGAAGAACUACAAGAACGAUGAAAAAUAUUACAACGAGUUUGUGUCAAAGCUUUGCGGGCGCUUGGCCAUAAACAAAACGGACGAGCCAACCAAGAAAGCUUGCACCGAUAUGCUGCGCUCUUCGGUGCGACAAAUGCGCUAUCGGCUGAAGAAAAAGUACUUCAAUGGUGUGCCUGCAAAUGAGGUUCGGACAUCUUCUCCAGUUUCAUGCAUGUCUGAUGAUGAGUGGAAUGCACUGACUGCAAAGUGGAAAAAUCCAAAGAACAUGGAAACAAGUGAAAAGAACAAGACUAAUCGCAGUAAAGUCAAGUAUCAUCAGACUACCGGCUCUCGUAGCUAUGUGGCACACUUGCAUGCAUAUAAGCAAAGUAACAAUGCAGAACCAAGCACUCACCAAAAUGAAGAACUUGAUGUGGUGGAGGCCUUCAAGACCUGCCAUACCAGCUCCAAAAAAGGUCUUGAUGAAUCAGCAAGAGAGGCACUUUCCAACAUGGAAGCUUUGAGGGCAGCCCCUGUUGAUGAAGGUGAGACAGCAGUUUCUAGUGUGCAGGUUGUGUCCCAGGCCCUCCCCAAGAACAGCUCGAACAGUUUCCUCAAGAAUAUUGGCAUCAAACCAACGACAUCGUCUAAGUCUGCAGCAUUGAAUGAAAGCGACCUUCGGGAGCAACUAGCAGCUGAAGCUAGAGCUGUUGUACAGGGUGAACUCGAUGCUCUCCAGAAGAAAAGUGAAGAAGCUGAUGAAAAGCUCGAGAGGCAACAAAAGGAGAUGGAGGAGAUGAGGAAGCAGAUAGAGAUAAACCAGAAGGAAUUGCAGGAGACCAAUGUGCUGCUCAGGCGUAUGUUGUCCCUCAACAACGCUUCGACAUGAACCGUUGCUGAUGUUGUGUGCUACCAAGCAGUAUGUGUUGCUGCUGCUGGUGCUUGGCAAGGGGUCAAAGUUGUUGGCUGAUUUUGCUUAGGCUAAAACCUAUGAUGUUGAUGCUUGGCAUCUUUAUAUUAUUAGUUGUGUUGUUGAUGUGAACUGAGAUCAAAGUAGAACCUGGAAUGUGAUGUCAAUAGUAAUACAUGAAUUGAGUUUAGUAGUGUUGAGUCAGUUUUAUGAUGACUGGAAUGCUGGAUCUGUUGAACCAUUUGGUCAUUUUAAUAUUAUUUGCAUUUUGUAAAAA